AUGAGUUAACAUAAUAGUAGAAUAGAUCAUCAUUUUCUCUCACAAUAAUAUGAAUCAUUCAAUUAAUUAAAUAAAGAAAAUAUAUUUGAUGAAGUCAAUAGGAUGAUCGAAUUAUAUAAAAGUCAGAAUGAACUAAAAAAAAUCAAAUAGUAGAAACACUUAUCGCCUUAGAAAUUAAUCUAUUCACUGUUGACCAAAACUAACACAAAAAAUAAAAAUAAAGUUAGUCUAUCAUAAAAUAUUGGAUAAAAGAAGUUGACUCAAUCCCCUAUUUCCAUUAAAUAAAAAUCAUUGCCAUAAUAGUCUUUGCAAUGCUCAUUUCAUUAACCAAAAAAAGCUUAAUUUUUUGAUUCUAAUUUGAGAAAUCAAAAUAAAAUUAAUUGUUAAGAAUUUUCCAUCUUGAAUUGCAAGAAUAGUCAAAAGUUGAACGUCAUUCACCACAAGAAUUCUCUUACAGAAAAUCUAUCCAUUAAUUAGCCCAAUUAUAAAUCAUUAUGUGAAGAUGCCUUCUCCAUAGAAUAUGAUGAAAAUAAUGAAAAUUAAUAUAAACAACAAUAGUUAGACAAUUUUUAGUAGGCCAUCAAAUCCUUAUUGAAUGAAUGCAAUAAUAUAGUUUAGAUAUCUCAAAGCAACGAUUAUGAAAUAAAAUACAAUAGUUUACAAUAUUAAUUGGAAUAAAUGUUAACAUCAAUCAACAAGAAAUCAUUGAAGCUUGUUAAUUAGUUAUAAUUUAAUGAAAAAGCAUAGUAACUAUCUGAUAUUCAGGAAGAAUUAAACUCAAUCUAGGUUGACAUUAAUUAGAAUGAAUAAAACAUCUUGACCAAUAUGUAGAUUAAACCUUUUAAGUAUAUAAUGAGAAAAUACAAAGAUAAAUUAUCUGGAUAUCAUUAAAUUAUCAAAAGUAAUGAAUUCAAUCAAUAGAAAUAAUUCAUAGAUGAAAGAUUAAAAUAAUUAAGUAAAAUUAAGACAAUGCUAAAUAAUUAUUUCAAUCGUUAGAAUCAAUUGGAUUCAAUAUCUUAAUCAUAAUAAUUAAGUUCUCGAAGAAAAAUUAAAAAUAGUAAUGUAUAUAUUUCUUUUGAAAACAAAGAAAUGUUUUAGAUAGCAGCCUAAAGUGAAUAAGGAUAUUUAUUGGAGUCUCCAAAUUUUAUUCAAAUUUGA